GCGUUGCGGUUAUAAGCUAUUGUUUAUUCUGUGGCGUUUUGUAUGAACGUGACCAGUUCGUCUGUAGUUUUUUACAUUAUAAGCACUAGUUUUUUUACUUACUACAAUGGCAACCGGAACGAAACCCAAGUCUGAAAUGACGCCGGAAGAAUUGGCCAAGAGGGAAGAAGAAGAAUUCAACACCGGUCCACUAUCGGUACUCACUCAGUCGGUCAAGAAUAACACUCAGGUCCUUAUCAAUUGUAGGAACAACAAAAAAUUGCUUGGAAGGGUAAAAGCUUUCGAUCGUCAUUGUAAUAUGGUGCUUGAAAGUGUUAAAGAAAUGUGGACUGAACUUCCUCGUACGGGCAAAGGGAAGAAAAAGGCGAAACCUGUCAAUAAGGAUAGGUUCAUAUCGAAAAUGUUUUUACGUGGCGACUCUGUCAUACUCGUCUUGAGAAAUCCAUUGGCGACUGCGGCUGGGAAAUAGAAACGCAAUGUUGACUUGACGACCCACUAAUUUUUACCUUUUAAUAUAAGUAUUUGUAAACAAUUAUAAAUAAAAAUAAGUCAAAUUUUUCAACA